AACCGUUGUAGAGGUGUUUUUGUUUCUAAGAGAGUAUUUUCCCAUCGAGGGCUUUUCCAGGGUUUGGGCAUGAAAGGAUCGAACGUCGACCUCUUCAAUCCCCCGAUGACGAUGGACUCAGACUUCUCGACGGCUGGGCUCGCAUGCGGUUCCGAGUCCGGGUGCGACUUGGACUUCUCGUUCGCCUUCAACAACAACAAUUUCUCUGAUCGGGUCCUAAAGAUCGAGACAAUACCCGAUUUAUCUGAGAGAAAAUCGAACGACAAGGGUUGCACCAGCAUCGCUAUUUUGGCCCGCAAUAAGAAGAGACAAAGGGAGGAAAUUAAGAAAGAGACUGCAGUGGAUUUUCCCAACUAUGGGGAGCGAAUUUUAAACUGUAACGUGCCAGAUACGAAGGAUGGUGUCAGCUAUGGAAAUGAAGAUGUGGAAGAUAUGGCAACGAUUGAGGAAGUACCUUCAGGUGAUGAAGCUGCACUUGGCAAUGAUUCAUUGUGGAAGAUGGACUGUGAAACAGUUCUUAGAGUCAUAAUCUUACACAUAAGCUCUCCAAUUUUAGCAGCAAAGAGUCCAUUCUUUUAUAAGUUGCUUUCAAAUGGCAUGAGAGAGUCAGAGCAGCAACAUGUAACUCUACGAAUCCAUUCAUCUGAAGAAGCGGCCGUUAUGGACCUUCUUAAUUUUAUGUACAGCAAUACUUUGCCAACAAGGACACCUCCUGCUCUGUUGGAUGUGCUUAUGGCUGCUGACAAAUUUGAGGUUGCCUCGUGCAUUAGAUAUUGUAGUAGAUCAUUGCAGAACUUGCCAAUGACAUGCGUGUCCGCGUUGCACUAUUUAGAUCUUCCUUCUACUGUUUCAAUGGCUGAUGCUGUUCAGCCAUUGGCAGAUGCAGCAAAACAGUUUCUUGCUGCACGCUUCAAAGACAUGACUAAGUUUCAGGAUGAGUUGCUGAACUUGCCCCUGGCUGGUAUAGAGGCAGUGUUGUCCAGUGAUGAUCUCCAGGUGUGUUCAGAGGAUUCUAUUUAUGACUUUGUGUUGAAGUGGGCUCGGAUCCAUUACCCAAAACUCGAGGACCGAAGAGAGAUCCUUGACUCACGCCUCAGUCAUCUCAUCCGUUUUCCAUAUAUGACCUGCCAAAAACUAAAGAAGGUUUUAGCCUGCAAUGAUUUUUUUCCUGAGGUGGCGUCAAAGGUUGUGCUUGGGGCUCUCUUGUUCAAGGCUGAGGCACCAUACCGGCAGCGCUCCCUUGCAGCAAAGGAGGACAGUGCCACCUGUCACCAAUUUGUAGAACGAUCAUACAAAUCUCGCCCAGUUAAGGUGUUGCAAUUCGAACUACCCUAUCGACACUGUAUUGUGUACCUGGACCUGAAGCGGAAGGAGUGUGCACGUCUGUUUCCAGCCGGUCAACUUUGCUCACAUGUUUUUUACCUGAGUGGGCAGGGGUUUUUCUUGUCAGCCCACUGCAACAUGGACCAGAACGCAUUCCGCUGCUUUGGACUAUUUUUGGAGAUGCAAGAUAAGGGAUCAGUCAGUUGUGCUGCUGUUGCCUGUGAGUUUUCUGUAAGGUCCAAGCCAACAGAGAAGUUUGUGACCAAGUACAAAGGAAAUUUUACUUUAACAGGAGAGAGGUCUGUUUGGUGUCGAAACCUCUUCGGAAUGACCUGGACAGAAUUCCUGUCUGAGGAGAACCCCUAUUUCAUAAAUGGGGUUGUCCAUCUUAGGGCUGUGCUCACCAUCAAGCAAUGAAACCCAAACAGCUCUCUCUCUCUCUCUCUGAUCCACAAAUUUUGAGGUAGAAGGAUAAAAAUGGGGAUUAGAAGUAUAAUGGGUUCUUUCCUUUUAAUCACAUAAAGGUGGGGAAAUUUCUCUUCUCAA